GCUCGGCGCUGACUCCGCCGCACGCUGCAGCCGCGGCUGGAAGAUGGCGGGGAACGACUGCGGCGCGCUGCUGGACGAAGAGCUCUCCUCCUUCUUCCUCAACUAUCUCGCCGACACGCAGGGUGGGGGGUCCGGGGAGGAGCAACUCUGCGCUGACUUUCCCGAGCUUGACCUCUCCCAGCUGGACGCCAGCGACUUUGACUCAGCCACCUGCUUCGGGGAGCUGCAGUGGUGCCCAGAGAACUCCGACACUGAACCCAGCCAGUAUAGCCCCGAUGACUCCGAGCUCUUCCAGAUCAUCGACAGCGAGAAUGAGGCCCUCCUGGCAGCACUCACCAAGACCCUGGACGACAUCCCUGAAGACGACGUGGGUCUGGCUGCCUUCCCGGCCCUGGACGGUGGAGACGCACCAUCCUGCACUUCGGCUUCACCUGCCACCUCAUCUGCACCCCCCAGCCCCAGCCCCUCGCUGGAAAGGCCCCAGGCCCCGACACCUGAGGUGGACGAGCUCUCCCUGCUGCAGAAACUCCUCCUCGCCACGUCCUACCCGACCUCAAGCUCCGAUACCCAGAAGGAAGGGACCGCCUGGCGCCAGGCAGGCCUCAGGUCUAGGAAUCAGCGGCCCUGUGUCAAGGUGGACGGCACCCAAGACAAGAAGGCCCCCACGAUGCAGUCUCAGAGUCGGAGUUGUACAGAGCUGCAUAAGCACCUCACUUCGGGGCCAUCCUGCCCCCAGACUAAAGCCCGCUCCCCAGACAGGGGCUUGCAGCCACCACCCUCCCUGAGUCCCCAGCUCCCAGCCAAGGAGGAGGAGGAAGCUGGUGAGGACUGCCCGAGCCCCCAGCCGGCUCCAGCCUCGCCCCAGGACUCCCCAGCCCCGGGCAGGGCAGGCCCCGGCGCCCAGGGGUCCCAGGAGGACAUGCAGGAGAUAGUGAAGCUCAUUCGCUACAUGCACACCUACUGCCUUCCCCAGAGGAAGCUGCCCCCACAGGCCCCAGAGCCAGCCCCCCAGCCCUGCGGCAGCCCCUCCAAGCAGGUCAAACCCCGGCCCCGGUCCCAACACCCUUCCAAAGGCUCCUGGGCUGAGUUCUCCAUCCUGAGGGAACUUCUGGCUCAAGAUGUCCUCUGUGAUGUCAGCAAACCUUACCGCCUGGCCACACCUGUCUACGCCUCCCUCACACCCCGGCCCAGGCCCAGGCCCCCCAAAGACAGCCAGGCCUCCCCUGGCCACCCGUCCCCCGUGGAGGAGGUGAGGAUCACAGCUUCGCCCAGGAGCACCGGGCCCAGACCCAGCCUGCGCCCACUGCGGCUUGAGGUGAAAGGACAUGCCGGCCGGUCAGCCAGGCUGCAGCGGGAGGAGGAAGAGGAGGAGGAGGAAGAGGAGGAGGAGGAAGAGGAGGAGGAGGAGGAGGAGUGGGGCCGGAAAAGACCGGGCCGAGGCCUGCCGUGGACCAAGCUGGGGAGGAAGCUGGAGAACGCGGUGUGCCCCGUGCGGCGUUCCAGGAGACUGAACCCGGAGCUGGGUCCCUGGCUGGCAUUAUCCGAUGAGUCUCUGGUCCCUGCGGAGCCCCAAGGAGCUCUGCCCUCGCUGCGCCUGGCUCCCGAGGCCUACGACAUGGCGGGGGCACUGGGCAGCCCCACGGAUGAGGACAGUGGCCAAGACCAGCAGCUCCCACGGGGACCCCAGAUCCCGGCUCUGGAGAGCCCCUGUGAGAGUGGGUGUGGGGACACAGAUGAGGACCCCAGCUGCCCACGGCUCCCUUCCAGAGACUCUCCCAGGUGCCUCAUGCUGGCCUUGUCACAAAGUGACCCUCCUUUCGGCAGGAAGAGCUUUGAGCAGAACUUGACGGUGGAGCUCUGUGGCACCGCAGGACUCACCCCACCCACCACACCUCCCUACAAGCCCACAGAGGAGGACCCCUUCAAGCCAGACAUCAAACACAGCCCGGGCGAGGACAGAGCUCCCAGCCUCCCCAGCUUGGAGGGCCUCCAGCUCGGGGCCGCCCCCGUGGCUGCCCACAAGCUGCCAAAGAAGCACCCAGAACGGAGCGAGCUCCUGUCCCACCUGCGGCAUGGUACAGCCCAGCCAGCCUCCCAGACUGGUCAGAAGCGCCCCUUCUCCUGUUCCUUCGGAGACCAUGAUUACUGCCAGGUGCUCAAGCCAGAAGGUGCCCUGCAGAGGAAGGUGCUGAGGUCCUGGGAGCCGUCUGGGGUCCACCUUGAGGACUGGCCCCAACAAGGGGCCCCACGGGCUGCGGGGCAGGCCUCCGACAGGGAGGAAGACAGAAGCUGUGACGGUGGUGCCCCCACCAAGGACAGCAUGCUCCUGAGAGACCACGAGAUCCGCGCCAGCCUCACCAAGCACUUCGGGCUCCUGGAGACCGCCCUGGAGGACGAAGACCUGGCCUCCUGUAAGAGUGCUGAGUAUGACACAGUCUUUGAGGACAGCAACAGUAGUAGUGGUGAGAGCAGCUUCCUCCUGGAGGAGGACGAGGACGAGGACGAUGAAGAGGACGACUCAGGGCUCAGCCCCCCUCGCUCUGACCACUGCCCCUACCAGAGACCCCCAAGCAAGGCCAGUCGGCAGCCCUGCUCCCGCAGCCGCUCCAGCUCUGGCUCCACCUGCUGCUCCUGGUCACCAGCCACCCGGAGGACCUUCAGAUGUGAGAGCAGAGGGCCGUGUUCAGACGGAACGCCAAGCGUCCGGCAUGCCAGGAAGCGGCGGGAAAAGGCCAUUGGCGAAGGCCGUGUGGUGUAUGUUCGAAAUCUCUCCAGUGACAUGAGCUCCCGAGAGCUGAAGCGGCGCUUCGAAGUGUUUGGUGAGAUUGUGGAGUGCCAGGUGCUGACGAGAAGCAGGAGAGGCGAGAAGUAUGGCUUCAUCACCUACCGGUGUUCGGAGCACGCUGCCCUGUCUCUGAGAAAUGGCGCUGCCCUGCGGAAACGCAACGAACCCUCCUUCCAGCUGAGCUAUGGAGGACUCCAGCACCUCUGCUGGCCCAGACACACUGACUAUGAUUCCAAUUCAGAAGAGGCCCUUCCUGCGUCAGUGAAAAACAAGUACGAAGCCAUGGAUUUUGACAGCUUACUGAAGGAGGCCCAGCAGAGCCUGCAUUGAUAACAGCCUUAACCUUCGAGGAAUACCUCAAUACCUCAGACAAGGCCCUUCCAAUAUGUUUACGUUUUCAAAGAAAUUAAGUAUACGAGAAGGCGAGAGCGCGAGCGCGUGAGAGAGCACACGUGAGAGAGAGAGAGAGAGAGAGACUUGAAACUGCUGUCCUUUUAAAAAAAAAUAAUCAAUGUUUACAUUGAACAAAGCUGCUUCUGUCUGUGAGUUUCCAUGGUGUUGAUGCCCCACAC